UGAAUCGUGUGAAUAUUUAUGUUCGUUUCAUAAAAAAAUAUGUUUCAUUUUAGAAUCAAUUUCCCGAAAAGUUCUCUUUGUAAGGAAAACAUAACUUUACUCAACCAAUAAGAAUAAAAAUAUAAGCUUUUGCACGCUAAUUUAACCAAUCGGAGAGAAAAUAUAUAAUAUAAGAAAAGUUUUUUGCACCAUAGAAUUGAAAAUAAAUAAAAAUUGCACUCUUUUCUCGGCAGAAAAUAAAAAUAUAGCAUAUAUUUCAAUCAACAUGCAGGAAAAAUUCAAUCAUAUAUUUUAAAAUAUUGUUUUUCUCUUACUUAACGGUAUCAAUUAAUUCACUCACUACUUUGUAACACCUACGCAAAAUUGUCCAUUAAGAUUACAAAACGCUAAAAAUAUUUAUUAAUUUCUAAACUUAAACAUAUAAAUAAUUAACUGCUAAAAUUUUCUGUUAAGUUGAGAAAUUUGAAUGAACACACAGGGACAAUACGUACAAACAAGUUUGAAUGAUAGAUAGUGACUGAAAAUAAGAAGCAGCUCGCAAUGCACUGUGGUUUUUAUAAAUUUUUAACCAUUUGACAACCAAUGCAGUUAUAAAAUCUAUUAUGAUAUAGCAUUAACUCCCCGCUGAAUUAAAUUCAUCAAUCCAUUUACGCUGUUUCACACAUCAGUUGAAUAAAUGUAUAACUUAAAAAAAAAUUGUCAGAGAAAACGUUUAUAAAUUUCUAUCAAAAAAUGAACAAAGUUUAUAAUAGCAGCGCUCGUAGGAAAAUAUUAUCACCACUGAUGUUAUGUUUCAGCUUGGUAUGCGUGAUCAUGUUAUCUAAAUCAGCGACAGCUCUGAAUAAAGAAAGAUUGCAGGCAUUAAAUUACGAGAAGGCUGAAAGACCUUUUCAUGGAAAAAGUUCAGUUAAUAUUACAGUACAAGUUUAUAUCUAUAUGGUAGGACCGAUUGAUGAAGAACAUUUUACAUUCGAGUCCGGUUUUUAUUUAAGACAAUGGUGGAGGGAUCCGCGACUACAGAGGAACGAUUCUUCAACUUUGCAUGCAACUUCACUAGAUCAUCUACUUUGGAUACCAGACACAACGGUAUUUGACGCUCGCUCACUAACCAUGUUUAAUGAUGCUAUUAGGACAGUUAUCGAACCAAAUGGUGUGGUAUACACCAGUCGAAGGUUAUCAACAAAAACACAUUGUAAUAUGGAUUUAAGUUUCUAUCCUAUGGAUACUCAAACUUGUGCACUUAUCUUCGAAAAUUUUGCAUUCACAACAAACGAAGUGAACAUCUCUUGGCAUCAGGUACCAUUAGUAAGAAGUGCAGAUUUAACACUCGAUGGUUAUGAGUUAAUGGAGAUAACAACAAACACGAGGAGAAAGCUGUCACUUAUCGGAAAUACAACAGUGUACUUUAAACUUUUGGAAGCACAUUUUACUGUAAAAAGAACCUUCAUGUAUCAUAUCUACAGAACGUAUAUUCCAUCUCUAUUAUUAUUGAUUUUUGCAUUUGGGACAUUUUGGGUUCCCGACACAGCUGUGCCGGCUCGUAUGGGCAUGAUUGUGACAAGUUUUCUUGCAAACGUUUUAAUCUUACAAGCAGUGAGUGAGAAGACAGUAAAAGUUCCCUACACAACACCAAUGCAAAUGUUUCUGGUUGUCAAUAUCACAUUAAUUGUUUUUGCAAUGGUGGAAUACUUAAUUAUCAUGCAUGGAAAAAAUAAGAUUAUGAGGAAAAGCACAACGCAAGUCAACUUCUUUCAAAACAAAGCCUACAAUCAAGAUGUUCAACUAAAUAAAAGUGUACCACGGAACAAAAUACAAUCAGCUGAGGAAGCACAUACUGAAAUUUCGUUGCCAAUAGACGUGCAUAGAACUCAUAUCGUCGACAAAACAUCACGGUUGUUUUUCCCUCUUACAUACGUUAUAUUUUGCGCAGUAUACUUCGUUUACUAUACUCACGCUAGUUCAUGAAAAAGGUUAAGUUUAAAACAAAUAAAGAUUGUUAACAAGCAGUUAACAAACAUAAGAGGUUGCGGCAAACAUGAAAUCUUCUUUCGUUUUCCUUGUUGUAUCGUAUUGGUAGAGAAACAUAGUUCACAAAUAUUUCGCUGAUGUUAAAAUUAAAUACAAAACGAAUUCACAUUCCAAUCUCUCCACACAAUUAGAAGAAAAUGCUAAUAUCUUUUAAGCGUUUGAUAGCUUAAAGAACUUUUGCGAUUGUAUUAUUCGCAGUUGUAUUAUAUAGAUCAAGCUUGGUUAGUAUUUACACAAGAGCAUUAAAUAAUUAAAUAAACACAAGUUAUACACUUUCUGUAGACGUUAGCAUACGGGUAGAUUAACCCUAUUCAGGCUUGGAAGCUAACAACCACCAAACUCCUUCCUUUUUUUAUAACAUACCGUUUUAUCAUUGAAAUUUGAUAAAACUUCAUCAUUUUUACUUAGCACUGAAAUAUAUUUGAUAUGACAUCACGUCUUUUCUUUUAAAAUCUUAUUAAUAGUAGGUAAGUUAUGAUAUUUUUUUUUACGGUUGCAACGCAGUGGAAUCGUGUUUGAAAUCACCGGGCAACUUCUACUACUACGACGGGUCAAGGCUACAUACUGAAUCAUUGGUCGAACUUACGCAUUUACGUUUUCUAUGUGUUUUAUGGAAUUUAAAGUGCGUGAGUCAGAUCACAAAAUAAACACACAAAAAAACACAGUACAGUUGGGUGUAGGUCUUUCACCUUUUUGUCUUCUAUAACCUUUUUUUUUUGUAAUAUAUAUUUGUUUUUUAUAUGUUCUAAAUUUUAAGAUAAAUGUAUUGUCACGUUUUUAGUCACGUACAUAUCUUAAACGCACCAGUUUUAGGAUUUUUGGCUAGGAAUGAAGAUUUUGAAAUCUAGCUAGCUAGAGCCUUACUUAUUACUAAUCUGUAUGGUAUAAAGAGCUUUUUAUCCUA